CAAACCCGAUGCUCCGAAGUCUCAGGAGAGUUUCUUUGCUUCUCAAUUGUCCUCCCACUUUCAGGCCAGUUCUUAGGACCCCAGAACCCGUUUUUAAUCUUUUAGGGCCUUCAUGUCAAUUGCAUCAAAACCCACAAAAUUCUUGGCGAGUAAUUUGGCUGUGGCAAAGGAGAAGCUUCAGUCAUGGGUCAGUGCGUUUGGUAAUAUCACCACAGGGAAAGCCAAAGUUUGAGACUCAUGAAAUUGAGCCCCCAAAGAAGGAGAAAUGGAAGACAAAGAAAAGGCUGAAGCUUCAGAGGAAAAGAGAAAAGCAGAAGAGAAAGGCUGCCAAUAAGAGAGAUCCUAGAAGGCUUGGAGUCAAAGGCAAGAAGAAGAGACAGAGGUUUUCCAGUGCAGAGGAGAGAAUCAAGUACAAGCUUGAAAAAGCAAGAAUAAAGGAGGCCUUAUUAAUUGAAAGGUUGAAGAGGUAUGAAGUUCCCAAAGCUCAGGGUCCUGUAGUCGAACCCCAUGUCUUAACUGGUGAGGAGCGAUUCUACAUGAAGAAGAUGGCCCAGAAAAGGUCCAAUUAUGUUCCAGUUGGCAGACGAGGAAUUUUUGGAGGAGUUAUUCUUAACAUGCAUCUACAUUGGAAGAAACAUGAAACUGUCAAGGUCAUUUGCAAACCUUGCAAGCCUGGGCAAGUACAAGAAUAUGCAUAUGAAAUUGCUAGGCUGAGUGGUGGAAUUCCAAUCCAAAUAAUUGGAGAUGACACGAUAAUCUUUUAUCGAGGAAAGAACUAUGUCCAACCAGAAGUUAUGUCGCCAGUGGAUACAUUAUCAAAGAAACGGGCACUGGAAAAGUCGAAAUACGAACAGUCGCUUGAAUCCGUGAGACGUUUCAUUGCUAUUGCUGAGAAGGAACUAGAACUAUAUUACCGGCAUGUUGCACUUUAUGGUGAUCCAAAUGAUAGAGAUCCUAAGUCAAUUCUCGACCAUCAAAGGACCAACCCUGGACGAGAGAAAGCCCAGGUAACAAAAAGAUUGGAAGGUCUUUCAGCAGCAGUAGAUGGUUCUGAUGAUGAAGAGUCUUCUGAAUUUGAGGAUACAUCUGAUGAUGAAAGAAAGUCUUCAAGUGAUUUGGAUUGUGAGGCUGUUGACAUGUUAAGUGAAGACUUAGUUUCUUCUGAUGAUAUUGCAGAUAACUCAUUUUUUGUGCAACAAAGUGCUGCUACGCAGUUUCCCUCAUCGACUGAUUACUGACAUAAGUUGAAUGGUAAUAUAAACAUUUAGCAAGAAGUAUGAUUGUGGACUUAAAUUAUGAGAUCAUUAAGUUUUCUUGUAGGUAAUUCGCUUAUUUA